CAUCCUCUGGCCCAAGGUGCUCUUCACCAUGGUGGUGGGAUUCUUUGUCCCCGGUGCAUUGCCAUUUACAGGUAGAYGACAUGGCAGUCAAUGGAACAGUCAAYGGGGCAACAAUUGAUGGGGCAGUCAACGCAGGAGCAGYUGGUGGAGAACUAUUGKUAAUGGUACUAAGGGGAAGGAGGACCAUGGUAAGGUGCUGGUUGUUGUUGUUGUCACUUAUUUAACAUGUUAACAGCAGUUCUGAGAACUUCCCUCCRCAUCUUUUGAUUCUGUYGGUACAUCUUACRGUUCUCUUUGUCCCUUCUUUCCUCUCUUUUCUCCUGRCUCUUAAUAUAUUCAUURAAUGUUUCAGCAUCCGGGACACUGGAUUUCCUCUGUUGCUGAUAAGAUCUCUUCCUUGCUGAGGUUGAUUCAACAAGUGAAGGGGUCAAAUUGCUGGGGGAAGCUACGGCAGCAAACUCCUCCUGCUCCUGUUGUUCUUCACYGGAAGAYGYGUCUCMGGCAAGAAUAAUCRAAGCCCUGCUGGAAGCCCUGACAGCAGCUCCAUCAMGAACAAGCUCUAAACCUGCCACAGCCUCACUCUUGAUGAAGCCUUGCUUCAUAUCAAAGUCCUCCUCUCCAGUACCAAGAUUUGCCUUUUCACCAAUCAAGAUAUGGGCCCUCUGUGCCAUCUUCACAUACUCUGGCAUGUUUGGAUUUCCAGUUCUUGAGCUCUUGAUCCUCUUAACAGCUGCAUACCUAGUCUUGAUGGACAUCUUGGAUCUACCUAUAGGCCAUCUCUCUGCAUGCUUGUUUGCUGUAACAGAGUCCCAUUCCUCAGCAUCUGUAGGGAGGAUGUCCAGUAUCACACUCAUAAGACUGGUGAGCUCCUCUCGUGAGUAGUUGACAGUACUGGUCCUACAGCCCCCGAUAUUGCCACCAGUUGCCUCCAUCUCAACAAAGAUAGUCUGGGGGAUGUCAGUUGGGUGACAAUGAGUUCUCUCUUUGGUGAGGAUGCUGGCCGUGUCCUCCUCCUCCUCCAAGUGUUGUUGUUCUCUUUGCUGCAACAAACAAAGGAAAUACUAGAAUGUACUGACUAGUACUAAUAGCACUGAUUGAGACAUACUAGUUUAUGUCCCUGGGCGCCAUUCUUAGUAAUAGAGGCGCCCCGGAUGUUAUUGAUAGCUGUUUAGCCCUGACACAUGCUCCACUGUUGUUGUUUAGAAAAAAGUCUUAAUUUUGGGUUGGUCCUGUCUUAAAUUUGCGGGCCUUUCUGUUGAAUUCUCACACUUACUACAACGGACUUGAAAUUUUGAAUUGUGGGUUCCAUMAUAGAUUUAGCACAUUUAGGAUGGGUCCAACAGACCCAUCAAAAAAGUGCUAAAUCUAUUACAACAUCAUGUGAUAAAAUUUCAGUCUGUCUGUCUAUCAAAUUUAGCAUUUCUAUAAUAUUGGGACUCACCCAAUAAGAUUAACCUGAACUCCAAAUUGACGCCAAAACUGCUCUAAAUUGACACCGUGAAUAGCUAUGCAUGGGUACGGUACAGACAAAAAAGAAACUAGAAGUACAUACUACGUAGAGUUCGUACUUCGUACAGAAAUAAAAUGACAAGAAAGAAUACUUUACGUAGUACRCUACGGUAUUGUACGUACUGUAGUACAGUACAGACGAAGUACAACCUAAUACCGGUACGAGUACCCUACUUGUAUGCUCGAGUCCCGUACAUACUCGUCGUCCUCUAAAAAAAUACCAGCUGGCAUGGGCGGGAAAAAGUAGUGUUCUUCGUUUUCUCCAUCGAGCACGAGAGGUUCGGGAUUGCAAAAUUCCUCUUAAGUACUGCUUGUUACGAUGGUGGCSGCGUACGAGGUCCAACUCGAAAACCAAUUCAAGUUUGUACCGAAGAUGGUACCCGCACUGUUCAUUUUGUGCUCUACCCUACGGUACCGUACUCGUACGGUACUACCGUAUGUAGUCUUUUUCGAGAGGAUUUUUUCAUCCGACACGAUUAGCCUAUUUCACUGUAUGAGGAUAGUUGUGUUUGUAGAAAGGAAAAUUCGUUGAGACAACUUAUCAGAUCCUCCUCGUGCGCUACUACGUACCGUACUGUUUCGACUUCCAAUAUCGUACGGUGCCUUCAAGGUACUUCUAGGAAAUACCGGUACUAGCUAGUAGUACUUCUACCGAAUAGUGGUACUUCUCAUCCGAAGAAAAGUUUUUCAACUGCGAACUAAACAGAUCAAACCAAACCAAACCAAACCAAACCAAACCAAAAACAGCAUUGCAAAGCAGCAUUGUACACACCAAGAUGGCGUCCUACCUGAGGCCAAAGUCUCGGUUGCGACAUUUGUUCGGUCUCAACAAACGAACAAGUGGCAACGAGAUCUACGAGAACGCAGUAAAAGAGCCUGGUUCCCACGGUGCCAAGUCCARUACCAAUGCRCCAUCCGAUGACCAAACAGAUGACACCCCCGAAACCACCGAGAUCCUUUCUACGUUCAGCACAACAAGCAGCCUUGUCUCUUCGAAUCCCGAGGAGGAGGAAAACGACCCGUUUGCGCUCGCGCUCGAAGAGGAUGCGUACGCGGACGUUCGUGAUCGAUUGGAAGAACUCUCGCGGCGGGACAGAUACCGAUAUGCAAACGCUUCGUCCUGUGAGGAUUCGCCCAACCAGCAGGCCGACGGUGGUACCAAAGCGAAAACGCUCCCCGACGAGCGACAGCCCAAGAUCCAUGCCAUCGAACUGCCGCUCUUUGCGGCGUAUACCACGUACUUUGGCUACGCUGUUCUUAUAUUUUGYGGGCACGUUCGCGAUUUGUUUGCAAAGAUCCUGGGCCAGGGACGAUAUCUGCGCCAUACAGAUGCGAGUCCCUACCCCAGCGACGACCUCCGGUGGUACGCCCCCCUCCUCGCUUCCUGGGAAAACUUUUACACGCGCAGGCUCUACCACCGCAUUCAGGAUUGUUUCAAUCGCCCGAUUGCUUCCAGCCCGGGUGCCAACAUACAUGUACUGGAACGCGUGAGUUCCGACGGAAACAAAACCAUGUCGGUGCUCGGGACUCUGCAAGAGCUAGACAYGGACCGCCAGCGCAGAGAGUACACGGACCCGAAUUUUGGCAACCGUUCGCGGUCGCACUUUGUCGAAGCCACGGCCAUCGAUCCCAACGGAUCCGACCACAACCAGACCGGACGGGCAGCCCGGGCCUGCCUGAACCUCGGCAGCUACAACUACCUWGGAUUUGCAGACGAUUGGAAAGAAACCUGCCGCGAUGAUGUAUUAGCGUCGCUGAAGGACUUGCCGAUCUCGAACAGUUCCUGUCGCAACGAGUUUGGGACCACAAAACUGCACCGCGAGGUCGAAGACACCGUAGCACGCUUUCUGAACAAGGAAGACGCACUGGCCCUCAACAUGGGGUUCAACACCAACUGCACGACUAUUCCGGCGCUGACGAGCCGCGGUGAUCUGCUGAUCAGCGACGAGCUUAACCACACCUCGAUUGUCAAUGGGGCCAGGGCAAGCGGUGCCGCUAUUCGCAUAUUCCGGCACAACGACACCCAGCACCUGGAGGAGAUCUUGCGCCAGGCUAUCAUCAUGGGAAGGCCCCGCACCCGGCGGCCCUGGAACAAGAUCAUGGUAAUCGUCGAAGGAAUCUACAGCAUGGAGGGAGAAUACUGCGACCUGGCGAACGUCGUGACCGUAUGCAAGAAGUACGGCGCCUACGUGUAUCUCGACGAGGCUCACUCUAUUGGCGCCAUGGGUCCGACGGGGCGGGGUUGCGCCGAAUACUGUGGCGUCGACACGGCCGACAUCGACAUCAUGAUGGGAACCUUUACAAAGUCCUUCGGUGCAAUGGGAGGAUACAUUGCUGGAUCCAAGGACGUGAUUUCGUUUUUGAGGCGUCGGUGCGCAGGAAGCACCUUCCACAAUUCGCUUUCCCCCGCGGUCUGCCAGCAAGUAAUCACCAGCUUCAGGGUAAGAAGAAUCAUACACAGUUGCUGUUACCCUCGCUGCUCGUCUCRUCGUUUUCGUGCACUUUUUUGCGGGAAUKUUUUUCAAUCUUUUCCUCACCYCACCUCAUCCCUUCCGUCCUUUGUUCGCUUACKCGACGUCAUUGCUGUCUCGCUGAYGAACCAACCAGGUGGUGAUGGGAGAGGACGGGACCAGCACCGGAAGGAAAAAGAUACAAGCGCUCCGGGACAACUCCAACUACUUUCGAAUGCGGCUACAGACCAUGGGCCUCCACGUCCUGGGACACUACGAUAGUCCGAUUAUGCCGGUCAUGCUCUACAAUCCUACCAAAAUCGCCGCGUUUUCGCGCGAGUGCUUCAAGAGGGGAUUGGCCGUCGUGGUCGUGGGCUUCCCCGCGGUCCCGAUCCUAGAGAGYAGGGCACGGUUCUGCAUCUCGGCCGGGCACACACGGGAGCAACUUGAUCGCGCCCUGGAAGAAAUAGAAGAAGUGGCCGACAUUUUAAAGCUACGGUACGCAAGGUCGACGUUCGGCUAGCUGUGUCUGUGACAAUAAGGUCAGAGGGAAUAAUAAUUCAUACGUCAUAUU